UCUUCUCUUUGUCAGGGUUGAAGGGAGGCACUGGGAAGGAGAGAUUAAAAGAGGAGAGCCUCCACUGAUUCUGCUCGUUUCAAGGCAUUCCUCUGCGCUCUCUCCCACUGCCCCCCUCUCUCUCACUGCCCCCCCCCCCGGUAUGACCCUGUUCAAGAGUGAAUAUCACAGCCUAAGACAUAGGACCAUGACUGGGGAACUGAGGACAAGCCGCCCAAAGGCAGGAACCAAGAGACCCAGGAGUGAGGCCUACAGAUCUGACUAUGACUUGGAGUACGACAGCUACCCAGAUGACCUCUACGGCAGAGUGUUUGACUACCAGCGUGUCCCAGCCUCCGUAAUGCCAGUCACAGUGGAGCCCAGCCCUAUGAAACACUCCCGUGAUCCCUCUUUCUCCUCCGGCCUGCACCGCUCCAGAGACAGACCACAGGGCAAGAGGAGCACACAGCGCACUGGCUCUUCCAGGGCCAAGUUGAAGAUGGCAGAGCUGCUGGCCAUAAAGCGGGAGUUGACUCUGAUCAAGGUGCAGAUUGACGGACUGCUCGACAGCGUGGACAAGAUGGACAGACAGAGGAAGGACCACUCAGAUUCACCUCCUACCCAGGAGGGCAGUGUGUCGGACUCAGUGAGCAGUCUGGAAGAUUCUCCCGUCAGCCUCCCACACAGACAGAGGGAGAGCCCAGAGCCUGGAGAGGCCAGCGAUGAUGACCAACACCUCCAACACUACCAGCGCCAAUGCAGGAUAAAUAACCAUCAAUCUGAUCUGGAGGAUGACAUGUGAGGAGAUCAGACUCAAGGACCUCAGUGACAGCAGCACACAGAGAUGGAGGGGGAUUGAAGUGAAAGGAGGCGUGUUCAUCUCUAAUCACAGUCAACAUGGACACAACCCUCAAAUAAAUAUACUGUUCAUUACAAAGUAGAGCUGGGGCGAUAAACCGGAAAUUAUCGACAACAAUUUAUCACAGGCAUUUUGCUGAUAUCGUUCAUUAAGAUAAGUAGCCUAUACUAGAGAAAUGUGAAGUUUGAAAUGAAAUAAGUUUGCUAAAAUGGGUGAUAGUCAAUGGGACAAUUGAUGGCUACAACCAUCAAACUAGUAGUAGUAGUUUAAAGGAUAAAAAUAAAAAAAACUGGUGUACAUCAAUGUUAAAAACGUAUCCUUCUAUUUAUCGUAAUUGCAUCAAUUCAGGCAAUUUUUCGCGAUAUGGAUUUGGUCCAUAUCGCCCAGCUGUAUUACAGAGUAGGAGCUUCAGUGAUUUGUUUUGUUUGAUGAAUAAGACAUAUCUCUCUGGUUACCCUCAGUUCCUUUAUCACAGUCAGAUUCUGCUCACCUUCGUGUCUCCAUCUCUCCUUUAAAACAGGUUCCUACUGACUUAUGAACUCAACCAAAUAUGGCAGCUUUAAAAAACACUAUUGCACUUCAAACAAUAAACACACAAAUUAAAUUGCAAAACGAAUUGCAUUACUAAUUGCAUUAGUACUGUACAAAGUUAGAGGUGCGCUAUUUGAUAGAUUCCCCCGCACCCCCCAUCUCGCUUCCAGUGUGAAGACCUGAUGUCAACCUACCCCGCCCCCUCCCCAUCUCGUACUUCUGAGUUGGAGACCUUCCCAGGCAGUAGCCUGCCUAGCUCACAAACUAGAAUCAGGGCGCCCACUCCGACAAGGUUAAUUGACCCACAGUCCCACACGGCGACAUUAUAUAAUUGACGUGACGUGCAAAUGAGCGAUAGAAAAUCGAUCGUUUUUUUUUGUGUGUGUGUAAGAUGCCGCCAUGUCGUCUAUGCCUAAAUCCACCACUGCGGAUAUGCUUCAGACAGACCGACAACUACAUUUUCUCUCAGAUUAGAGAUAAGGAUUUGCAAUGCUGUUUGCCACUUACUGUAUCCAGUUCGCCACAUAAUUGGAAUGUGUAAUACAUCAAUUCAUAUAAAAAGCCAUUCAAGAUUUACCAGGCAUAGGCCAACAGUAUCAGGCAUCUACACUACCUGUGCGUUCUGUAAUCUUUCCAUAUUUGUCUCUACCAAUUUCCCAGUGUCCACAUUAAUAAAGACUGUCAGUGUGAUAA